GGCUCGGCGGCAGCAGGAGGCUGGUGCGAGGCGCUGCACGGCAACCCGCGUUUUUCUUCUCCGUGGCUUUUCUUUCCCACCGGCCGGGACAGCCAUGCCGGUGACCCGCGGCUGUGGGAGCCUGGCGGGCGCUCUGCUCUUCUCCGCCUUGCUGGCCGCGGCGGGAGCGCAGGGCGGCUGCGGCGAGCUGGGGCGCUGCUGCUCGGGCAGGAGCCUGGAGUGCGCGAGCGCCGGUUGGCGACCCGACGGAUCCUACGGGCUCUGCUAUUGCGACCAGGUUUGCCUUUCCACCCUGGAUUGCUGCGGCGACUACCGGCACUUCUGCCCAGAGGUUUCCUGCCUGGUCUCUGCCUGGAGUGAAUGGAGUGGGUGUGCUGAACGCUGCAAGGCAGCUUACCGCCUCCGAAGGCGACAGGUGAUCCAGGAGCCCAGAAACGGUGGAGAAGCUUGCCCCCCUCUUGAAGAGAAGGCUGGCUGUCUGGAGUAUUGGACUCAGCAAGGAACAUUGUGCAAGGACUCUAUUCUCCCAGCAUUAAUAACCACCGGAGGCUACGGGAAAGCAAGGAGAAAGCGUGCUGUGGUCAGCGGAAAAGAAAGAGUUGGGUACUGUGUUGAGUUCCAGCUCAUGGCCAUCACAGAAGGCUGCCUGCAUGGGAAUAGUUCCUACACUCAUUGGAUGAAGUAUCUCAGUGAAGGACACACAGUGUGUGUGGAAUGUCAACAUCCAGCCCUAGAUCGCAAGAGUCUACACUGCUCCGGGGAUGGGAGUGGAGCUAAGAAGAACCAGCUACUGCACUGGCAGGCUGUAGGGAAUCCGAGAUGCAGAGGCACCUGGAAGAGGGUUCUUCAGCGGGAUACUUGCACUUGUCCUUCAGUUCACAGCUUCUUGUUCAUCUGACUUUCAUACGAUGCCACCAACUUUGAUUUUGUCACUACUGUAGUUCUCAUUUACAGAAAUUCAGGAGAUAAUAUGGAACCUGCUGCGUGGACUUUUCAACAUUCUUCCAAUGUCUGAAGCCCUACCUCUCACUCCCAAUAUUUUAUAUUUCAAAGUAUAUUGAAUAGCAGGAUUUAAAGAAGAAGCAUUGUAGGAGAGACCUAGGAUUGUUAAGGUUUUGUUCUGAAGGCAGACUCUGAUCAAUACGGAUGGGUAACCUUGUCAGGACUCAAUUCGGAUCAUCCUCAAGGUGCAUAAAGCAGUUUGCUCUGAAAAUUAAAAUAUUUCACGUUUGUUCUGACCUAGGAUUCCUGAGACAGUAACAAAUCACAUGCUUAGUCCC